AUGUCACUCCCGGGAUAUAAAGCAGAAAAGUUAAAUUUAGAAAUAAAUAAAUCUGAGGGACUUGCAUUUAUAAGCCAUUACUAUCCACCCUGUCCUGAGCCGGAGCUAACCAUGGGAAUUAGCAAUCACUCUGAUAAUGACUUCCUCACUGUGCUUCUACAAGACCACAUUGGAGGCCUCCAAGUCUUGCAUGACAAUCAGUGGUACGAUGUUCCACCGGUUCCCGGAGCUUUAGUGGUCAACAUUGGAGAUCUUCUGCAGCUUAUAUCGAACGACAAGUUUAAAAGCGUAGAACACAGAGUGCUGGCGAACCAUGUAGGACCAAGAAUAUCAGUGGCAUGCUUUUUCAGCACCAGUUUUCAGCCAUCUUCAAGACUGUACGGACCAAUUAAGGAGCUAUUGUCAGAAGACAAUCCUCCAAUCUACAGAGAAACGACAGUUCAUGAAUAUGUUUCGUACCUUGCAACACACGGCAUCGAUAGUCCCCUACAACGUUUUAGGCUGUGAGCUUUGGCUCAUGUUUCAUGCCAUUGAUCCAAAUUAUCCCUUACAGCACUUAAUUAGCUCCAAUUAUUUGACUGUAAUUUGGAGGAACAUCAGUUUUGCUUCAUGUUUGGAAAUUCAAGCAGCCUAGUUUGGAACAGAAUAAUGCAAUACGUAUUUUGAUUGGGGGAAAACACUAGUA